UAUGAUGGUUUUCUUGUUGCAGAUUCAUGUUUGAGGAAACACGCAGGCACACCAACAUCCCAGUGGUGUUCCUCAGCAAGGUGUACGAUGCUACCCAUAAUCUCAUCAAUGAAUGCUGUAGUGAUGCAGAUGCCACCACUUGUCUCGCUACCAAGAGGCUACUGCUGAGGGGGGAGAUACUCAAAUUCCUCGCAAAGGCCGUUGAGCUAUGUGGAGAAUAUUACGACUUGACCUUCCUUGAAUUCAAGCAAAAACUAAAAGAGAGCUUCAGCAAGACUAUGCCGGACGCAACCCCAGACGUCCUCACAGAGCUGGUGGAGAAGAGAGCCAAUUUCGCCUCCACGUGCUGUAUUAUGAAUGCACCUCCUGUGUCCUGUGGCUUGAAGAUUAACGCUGAAGUUGGACACACAUGUGACCACAAAUCCUGCAUGUUGAUCUAGGUGUGGAAAUACCAACAAUAACAAAAGCUCCCUAGGUGCAAAGCCAAAGCAGCAAUGAAAAGGAAGAACGGUCCUCCAUUGAUGGGGAUGCAUGAAGACCUCUGCUUUCCCUGAGUCACAAGAAGAACCUGAAGCAGCAUCACAACUUCUGGUCCGUUCCAACAGCAUUAUGACUCGUGUAUAUUGUGACCUCAAUAAAGGCUUGAGUAGCAGAUGA